GAGCGCUACAAGGGCAGAAUCAUGCCCGCUGAUGACGCCGGCAUGAAUGAGGUGUUCUCUCGCGUCAAGCGUGCCAUGGCGCAAGGUAUCAACGUCGGCGGCCGACACUACGAAUUUCUUGCUUUUGGCAAUGCUCAGUUCCGCGAUCAUGGUGCCUACUUCUUCGCAUCGACCACGGGUGUCACAGCCGCCGACAUCAGAGACUGGAUGGGAGACUUCACCAGCAUACGCAUCAUCGCCAAGUACGUCUCGCGCCUGGGCCAGUGCUUCUCAACUACCCGUGCUAUUCCACACGCGGUGAAUGUGGAAAAAAUUGAUGAUGUCGAACGCAAUGGCUUCUGCUUCACCGAUGGAGUCGGAAAGAUCUCGCCCUUCCUGGCCCGCAUGAUCGCUCACCACUAUGGCAUGGCAAAUUCCGAGCAGGACUAUCCUUCAGUGUUCCAGAUCCGACUCGCCGGUUGCAAAGGUGUGCUGGCUGUCGACCCACGUCUGAAAGGCAUGAAAAUCCAGAUUCGCCCGAGCCAGCAGAAAUUUCCUGCGAAGUCCAACGGUCUCGAAAUAUGCAGAAUUUCGCAGUUCAGCACCGCCUCACUCAACGUGCAGCUGAUCUUGGUUCUUUCGGCGUUAGGAGUGCCUGAUGAGGUGUUCCUCAACAAGCUCCGUAAUAUGCUGUCGGACCUGCAAGAAGCCCUCGACAGCGAGCAGAAAGCUUUGGAACUUUUGCAAAAGAACGUCGACUUCAACCAGAUGACCAUUUCACUGGCUUGUAUGAUCUUCGAUGGCUUUAUGGCGACCAAGGACCCAUUCGUGAUGACCUGCCUCCGUCUUUGGCGAUCCUGGAACCUAAAGUAUCUCAAGGAGAAGGCUCGCAUCUUCAUCGAUCAGGGCGCUUUCCUGCUCGGCUGCACUGAUGAGUCCGCUACGCUCCGCGGCCAUUUCAAGUCUGUCGCUGAUCCAAAUGGAAUUCUCAAAGACCAGCAGUCCACCGAGGCCGAUGUUGACAAGCACGACGAGUCUGCACUGCCGGAGAUCUUCCUUCAAAUUCCGGACGCCGAGAAGCCAGGCUCAUACAAGGUCGUCACAGGCAUCGUCGUGCUCGCGCGCAAUCCUUCUCUGCACCCUGGCGACAUUCGUGUCGUCAAGGCUGUCGACAACGCGGCACUUCGCCAUUUGAAGAAUUGCGUUGUAUUGCCACAGACUGGAGAUCGCGACGUCGCGAACAUGUGCUCUGGUGGUGAUCUUGAUGGCGACGACUUUAUCGUGAUGUGGGACAAGGAGCUCAUACCGCCAGAGUGGAAUCAUGAACCCAUGGACUACACUUCUCCGGACCCUGUCAUGGCCAAGGGCCCUGUCACGGUAGAUAACAUGACUUCCUUCUUCGUGCAACACAUCAAGAACGACAUCUUGAGCAGGAUCGCAUGCGCACAUCGAUAUUGGGCUGAUCAACUGCCGGACGGUGUCAAAGACGCAAAGUGCCUA